CAACCAGGUGGACCGGAGCGGCUCUGCUCGUCCUCGCGUCUGUUCUGUUGCGUUAUCUUAUGUAACUUUAUCGCUUCUGCAACAUUUUGAGUGCUGACGUCAGCGGCGAGCCGAUAGUCCUGUGUCCGAGCGGAGUGACGGCUGGUAGAACUGGAGUCGGAGUCGAGCCGGUUGGGGGCAGAUGGGGGGGCAGGGGGACCGAUGCCCGGGGAGCACGAGACCACAGCGGCUGAGAGGAGAGACGCGUAUAACAUCUCUCGUCUGCGCAGCUCUUCUCUGGAGAUCCGAGAGAAAGGAACAGAGAUCCUCCGAGAGCAACUCGACGCUGCGCAGAAGGAGUUAAAGUCAAAGGAUGAGGAGUGUGUCCGACUGUCUCACGUCAGGAAUCAGCUCGAGCUGGAAUUGGAGGAUCUAACUGCCAGUCUCUUUGAGGAGGCUCAUAAGAUGGUGCGGGAAGCCAACGUGAAACAAGCAACAGCUGAGAAACAACUCAAUGAAGCACAGGGCAAGAUUGACGUCCUUCAGGCUGAAGUGUCGGCUCUGAAGACGCUGGUGUUGACAUCUACUCCCUCAUCACCGAACCCUCAGCUCCAUCCUCAGCUUCUGUCGCCGGGGUCGGCUCGAGGCUCUCGGGGUCACGUGCGUAAUAAGAGCGCCAGCAGUGCCCUACAGCUGCAGCCUGAGCCGAUGUGUGUCCCGUCACAGCAGGAGGAGAGAGAGUUGGACUCUGUGCUGUUCGCGGAGUUUCUCUCAUGGAAGGAGUCGGCGAGUUUGGAGGAUGCUUCAGCCUUCCUCAGCAGAGUUCAGAGAGAAGACAUCUCACCCUGUCUGUCGUUCACCUGUUCUGAGCUGUCCAAAUCUGUUCAGCGAGCCGUGGAGAACAACUCUCUGACCAUUGAGCCUGUUGCUAUGACAACCGUUUCCGUGGUGAAAGCCAUCGAUGGCAGAGGACCAAACGGUUGCCGGGCGCCCAUAGAAACCAAGUGUGCGUUGAGCGGCAUGUCCCGCCCCUGCCGGCAUCGCAUCAAACUGGGAGAUAAAGAAAACUACUAUUACAUCUCUCCGUCCAGCAGAGCACGAAUCACAGCCGUGUGUAACUUCUUCACGUACAUCAGGUACAUCCAGCAGGGACUGGUCCGACAGGAAGUUCAGCUGAUGUUUUGGGAAGUGAUGCGCUUACGGAGAGAGAUGAGUCUGGCCAAACUGGGAUAUUACAUGACCGACAACUAGACAACACACACACACACACACACACUCCAGCUGUGAUGUUUUAUAUUUCUGUAUGUUUUGAGGGGAUGUUUCACAACACUAUAUGGAAGAAGUGUUUGUUUGUGAGUGUUGACUAACCUCACACUGAUGAAUCCUUUAACGUCUCAGAGACCUGAAGGGUCAAACACAAAGUGUCUGUGUAACAUCAUCACACGCUCUACAAGCCUUUGAAUGUGUUUCGUGUUUUGUUUAAGGUUCAUUAUGCUUUAGUUGACAAGAGUUUUGUUGACUGUAAAGAUGAACUUGUGUUGUCACCAUACAAACAUGUAGAGCUGCACGAUUGACGAUCAUUCAAACACAAAUCCAUGUUCAAUGUUUACAGUGCCUUCCAUCACCCCGCUCACUCAAAACACUACAUAUUUAUAUUGUCUUGUGUUCAAUCACAACCAAAAAUGUAAGUACAUUACAGUCUGCUGCUUCAGUGUUUUAGAAGUCAUUAAAGACAAUAAAUAUGGUGUGCAAAUGUUU